AUUUCCGCAAAAAUGUUUCAUUGCUGGUUUAUCUUCACUUUAUAAAGCAUUUCCACUCUAUCUCUCUCUACCACCGUUUCCCCUGGUUUGCUUACUCCACCUGUAAAUCUUGAUACAUCGCCACCCUCAUAGACCCAUUUUCUCUAUCUUCUACCACCAUAGAAGUCUUCUAACCAUCAGUUGUAGGUAUUUAUAAGAAAAAUCUCAUCCCUUUCUCCUCUCAUACUCUUAUUUCACAACUAAAUUUUUUUGUUUUGGUUAUUCAACUUGAAAUAACUUGAAAUCGAUCGUCUUUUGUUCUCUGCAUCUCUGCCAUCCCGACAAAGCACAUAGCUACAGAGCCCUCAAAAUUUAUUCUCCGCCGUUUGAAACCCUAAGGCAUCGUUUCCACCAUGAUAAACACACCACCACCAUCGCACCUCUUCCUCCAUCUACCUCUCUCUCGAACACCAUUGCACCAUCGCGAUUUUGAGUUUUGUUGUUCUGAUCUGGGACCCUCACAGGCUUCGCCUUCUUCACCAAUCACAACCAUGACUACAUAUCUGGUACCGUCCCUUUAGCCGAUUGAAUCAGUCAGCAGGAGAUACAAUCUAUAAGGCAUUUCCUCUCUCUGUACUAUUAAGAUGGCGUUUCCUUCAACAACUCAUCAUCACCAUCUCUCUCUAAAAAACCCUAAAAUCCAUCACCACCCUGCCAUCCCUCAUAUUCUCUAAAAAUAAAUCACCAUAAACACUAGAUGACUUCACCUUCUCCACUACCAAGUACCCCUACUGCUUCAACUAUUUCAAAGUCUUCCAACCACUAUAUCCUUAAAUUCCUUCAAUGUGCAGAUGGUUUCAAUUUGAGGUUAGAUUGAAGCCUUUGAAGCCCACCGACCACCUUCUGCUUUGUUUAUCGUCGUUGUUGCUUCAACUGCCACUAUCUUCUCCUUUUUCUCAUCAAGCUCAAUGCAUUGUCAUUAUUGUUGUUGCUUUGGAUUUAGUUUCAAACAAAAAAGAUAUUAAGGUGAUUGUCUAUACUAAAUUUGACAUGUUUUACUGAGAAAGGCUCUCCCAAGACAUCAAAAAUAGAUUGUCUUUACCAAAUUUGACAUGUACAUCUCUUAUUUGUAAAGGUUUCUUGUAACUAAGUUGGUUGACUUCACACAAAAUAAUUAUAUAAACCAAGCUAGCUGUGAGUUAGCAAAUACAAAGUUAUAACAAUAAAAGAGAAAACAAAACAAGCUAAGGAGCAAAACAAAGCUACCAAAAGCAAACAACUCGGUAGAUGCGCUCCAACAGAAACCAAAUGCCAAACAUAGCAAUGAACUUAUGCAAUGGUAAAAUACUCAACGCCAACAAGCAAGAAGAAAACCAACAAAUGAAAACAAAAGAAGGAACCAACAUGGCCAAACUAGACCACUCCAAUAAACCCAACACCAGUAAACUAACCCACCCAUCAACCCACAAGAUGCAGGGGUAAAGUCGUCCAAACUCCAAACCAAACACUCUAAAACAAUUAGGUUGUAACGUGUAGAUCAAUACUUGAAUAAUGGAUAUUCUUCAUUCAUAAGGAAACUAAAACCAAACAUUUAAGGGUAUAAUGGUCAAAAUUAGUAAAACUCUCCCACCAACCAAUCUUGAAUCAUAAAGCACCAGAUCAAGCAUAAACAGAAGAAAUCUUGAUGAAACCUUCAGAUGAAUGCACUAAACAUCGACCUGAAAAAGCUUUACAAGGGUAAGAUGGUCAUAGUAGUGGAAAAAGCUUCUACCAAAUCAACUCCACACUAGGAACAAUCAUAUAUGGGUAAUCUGGUCCAAGAGUCCAAAAUCAAUAUAUAAAUCAUUUGUUGCAUUUACUUUUCUGUUAAAUAUUGCAGAACCAUAUUUAUGUAUAUUGUAGAACCAUAGCCAAUUCCCCAAAUUUACUCAUUUUUUGCAUUUACACAUUUGUUAUGUUUUUUUCUUGUAGUUGAAGUGGUCGCAUGAUGCACGUGGGCUUAAUCUGUACCAAAGAAGUGACUAAGUGAUAGGAAACAUAAUAGACAUAUGGCCAUAGUCAUACACAUACUUUUGUUAUCAUCAUACACAUACUUUGCUAUCAUCCCU